AUGGUCAAGAUUGGAGAUGCCGAGCAGCAGCAACGCGCCGUUGUGCUCGAUGUAGCAGCUUCUUUGGCUCGGUCCACAGCUAUCAAGACCCAGUCUAGCAGCUCAGAUGUUUCAGUCAUUUUAUCUGAUGCGGACAAGGCACUAGAAGAACAAUUGAUGGCUCACUUCCACACUCAUAGUAACAUUCAAGAUGAAGCACGACUAAUUUCCGCCUUCCUUGCCGCAUCACUUACUUCAAAGCGUCUGUUAACACAAAAGUUGCUUGCCACUACAGAGGUGUCGCGCUUUCCUGAUCUGCUACAAUUCUUUUUGCGUGUUAUUAUCGCAGUGCAUGGUCGCACUCACGAGCAACACCCGAUUCGAGAGCAACCUGAGCUCCAAACGUGUUCGUACACACAGAUUAAAGCUAUAAGCUGUAUCAGCUAUGAGCAGGAGGAGAGUAGCACUGGUUCGACAAGUAUGUCGGUCCGGUUCAAGCUCCCUGAGGGUUUCCAUGCUUGUAUAGCUGCAAAUUAUGGCAGUGUCAAGCGUCUCAAGUGUGAGGAAGUAUGGCACGGUGAUCAUAUGGCGUAUCGAUGUCGAACGUGUGGCCUUUCGGAUUCGAGUUGUAUGUGUCUGGCCUGUUUUGACCCAGAGGAACACGAAGGUCAUGAUUAUCGAGUCUAUCGUUGCUCGUCAGGGGGAUGUUGUGACUGUGGCGACCCAUUGGCGUGGAAACCAGAAGGUUUUUGCAAAAAACACAGUGUCCAGCACAACACGAUGAGCCAUAAUGAGUUUGACUCGCAGAUCAUGACGAUGGGAAGCGAGGAGGAUGCUGUGAUGCACUUACUCGUGCGAUGCGUCAUGGCGUUUUGCGUUGAUGUAUUGAACGAAGUGUAUUUGGUUUGUUUGAAACUACAUGCUAACGGAAAUCCGGAGGCGCUUGAUUCAAGACGAUCAAUGCCAAGAACGGGACUCGCACGCUCAUCUUUCUCGUCGAUUGUAAACACCCAAGUAGACCGACUCGAGCACACGUUGUCGUGGCUGCAAAUGUUGUCAAUGAGCUGUUUGUCGUAUCGCACCAUGAUCUCCAAUUUAUUUUUUGAAGAAUUAUCAUCAGAAUGGAAGCUGGACGUAGUGUCUCCUUCACGUUCUUCUGGUCGUUUGGUUGUCGAGACAAAUCAAGAAAUCGAUGAAAGAGAGCAAACUUUUGCUCCUUUGGUGACGCUUGAUGUAUUUCUUAAAGCUGGCGUAUUAUUGCCAGUUGAAGCAUGCGAUGUUCUCGGUGUUUUAUACUUAAAAUUACUUUUCGAUCAGUCAUUCAAGCAAAAGUAUACGUGCUAUUUUGUAGACUGGUAUCCGUACUUGAUCGAAUUAUACCUUUGUGCCAGCGAUGAAAACAAUGAAGAAGGCAUGCGAAGUCUCUCACGAUUUAUUGACCGACUUUUUUGCCAGCUAUUCCAUAGCAACGCUCAGUUGCGUGAGCUGGAGACGGUGUUUGCUUCCAUGCGACCCAGAGGCAACACAAAGCAAGCAAAUGGGACCUAUUUAAGUCGUCAGCGCCAUUCAGUAGGUUUUGCUCCUGGGUCGACCGAUGCGAUGCCUUCUUCCUGCGUGGAAUGGCUGAUGGUAUUUUUACUAGAAAAACUCAAUGACCUCUUUCGAAGUACGCUUCGAUUGGUGACGAUCAUGCCCCAACCACUUGUGGAUGCGACGCGUAGUGUCAUAAACGAAUGUGAUGAAAGUAGCAUGUCAAGAGGACGUAAAAGUUUAUUAGAAGUGCCUCUGGUUGCGCGAACGGUCCAAGCGAUCGACUGUGGACGCAAUGUUUUUAAAAAACGAGUAUAUGCUCGUUUGUGCUCAGAUUUGCGAACACUUCUUGUGCAUCCCCAAAUAGCUGCUGAAGUUCUUUUGCGGUCGUUUGGCUGUAUUAGACAUAACAAUGUUGUCCUAAAUGAGACGUCUGUGUAUGAGCAACUGCUUAAGACGUUUGCGUUGCUUCAGCAAAUGGAUUUGCAAACCCGUCAGAUUCAUCGCCAUAUCGAAUUUGAGUCUCAAAACUGGACGUUUGCGUUUGUUGCAGACUAUGAAGUGAAGUUGUUGCUUAGUGCGUUUCUUACUGGUAUUCCUGCGUGUUUUUCUCCAAAUGUUUGGCGCACCAUGACAGAAUAUGGGAAAUUCGCGAAUGAAGGAACAAUUACUGGAAUUACUGGUAAUCCACUACUGAAUCCGAUGAAGUCUGAAACAUUUCGACCACUUGCGCUGGCUCGAGCCAUAUUGCUACCCGUUCGAACAGCACUAACGCAUUGGUUGAAUCACAACAGACGAUCUGAAUUUGGAUUGGAAGCGACAAAGUCAGCUGCAGGAUUAUAUGUGCCCGGCGAAGUAGUAAAGGAAAAAAACAUGGCACAGCUUGUUAAGCAACAUGAACAGGGCAUACCAGGUGGCCGGAUUGCAGGAACCAGUAGUUUGCACUUUCCGCUGCAUCACAUGUACGCAGCACUUAUUCAAUCAAUGUGUGGUGUUGUGCGACCGAAAACGAUAGGCGAGUGGCGGGAAUUAUUGGGUAUGGGAACUAGUGAUGAUGGCGAAUUUAAAGACUCUGUCUUCUGGUUCAGUGUACUAGAUCAUCCGCUUCGGGUUCUCUUUUUCUCGAGAGAGAUCAAGGCCGGGCUAUGGGUGCGUAACGGAGCCGUGAUGUUACAACAGCUCAUUCACUACCACUCGAAACAUUGGCGUUUUUUUGGACUUCACUCAGAUUUGUUUCUGUGCCAACUAGGAGCGAUCUUUCUUCCGCACGGCGCUUUUAUCCGUCGCUUCUUUCAUCAAUUACCAUUUGGAAUUCGAGAGUCCUCGGUACUUGUGCUUAAAUCUGCGAGUGAUGCUAAGACGGAUAGUGGCGGAAAUGAUGUCGCGAAUACAGCGAACUGUAGCCAGGGUGUACGACAAGAGUUGGACGUCGUAGAGGAAGCUUUGCGUCUUCUUCUUCAGUUGGUUUUUGCUCCUGUUCGACUUACCCUGGCAAGCUCUUCGAAACGUGCUGCUGUAUGGCUGCUCGAACGUGAAAUCAUGCACUGGCUCGCACUGGGACCGUUUACACGUAGUGAAGUACUGAUGCGAACCGAUAUGAGGCUAGUAGAGCACAUUAAACAGCUUUCGACGCUCGAUUGGGCAGAACUCGAAGAAGAAGAAAUCCUUACACAUGUGCUUGAUACUGUAGGUGUGCAUGACGACCCUGUCGGGAGUAGCAGCGGACCUCGCACUGCUCGAAGUGGCAGUUCUACGAAUUUUGGGCUCAGAAUGAGCGGCUCAUGGAAGUUAAAGCCUGAAUUGUGGGCUCAAAUCUCUCCCUUGUUUGAGUGCUACACGCCUUCUGAAGCUCAGCAGUGUGAGCAGAAUAUUCGCAACCAUAUUGGGCGAACAAUGGUCGUGCCAAUACUAUCAUGGCCAAAAAACCAUGGAUUUGACGGGGUCGAUAUGCACGAAUUGCUUGCUGAAACGAUGCUAAACUCGUCGUACCUGGCAAGUGUCUUGUUUAUCAUCAUAGGGAACUACGUGCGCCACAGAGACAAUUUAAGUACCAAUAGCUUGGCUACAAAUGAGAAUUUGCUGCUCGCUGCCUUGCACUGCCUCUACGUGGCAGUUGAGUUGUCACCUGCAGACUCCCAGAAUGUGCCGAUUGAAGUUCAAAGGAGGCUUAAUGAUACAGAGAACAAUCGAACUCUAGAUGACAUUGCAUCGUACUAUGAGGAAAAUAGCAAUUUCUUUUGCAAGCUUGUUACUGAAAUUCCGAUGAAAGAAUGCGAGCAAAGCCACGACGCCUUUGAUGGCAAAAUGACAACAGCGAGCUUGCUGUCAUUGCUCGUCCGGCUAAGUGAUCGGAACGAUGCGUUUGAAGAUAUCCAACCAACGAUAAAGCUCGUUUUUGAAGCGGUUGAAAAAAAGUCUAUGGCGUGCUUGCAUUAUUUGAAUGCUAACAAGCGGAGACAGCUGAAAAGUCAGGCGACAAGUGUCAAGUCAAUGAAAGAGAACAUUAAUGUGAUUAGCUGUGGUAACAGUGGCAACAAUGAAACAAGUGGCGACGACUUAAAUCUCACAGCUAAGGAAUUGAUGCGAAGGCGGCAACAACAAAUUCUGGAAAAGCUUCGUUCACAGCAAAUGCAAUUCCUGCAAGACAACUCUGAAGCUGUAAAGUGUGAAGCUGCUAUUGCCCAGAUGCGGGAGAAGCAAAGAAGAGCUAGUGAUCGCAGACGAAGACGGAGAAGAAGUACUCGAAGCUCGUCGAUGGGUGGAAGUCACGACGAUCAGAAACGCUCGGUCUCGAUGGCUUAUGACUACAAAUUCAUGGAUGAAAGCGGUGAUUAUGCGGAAGAGUGCGGUUUGUGUCGGUUGCCAUGUGAUUCCCAUUCUUGUGAAAGUCCAUUUGGCUUUGUCAGCAUGAUUUUGCCAACUGCAAUGCUUCAAAAAUUUGAAAAAGGGUCGACUAGUGCUACGAAUUUGGACGAAAACCCUGGUGUUUUCUCCAGAUUACCAACACUUCGCGUGAUGCAACCCGGAUCGAGUGAUAAAAUGCGAUUUCAGCUUGCAGACUGUGUGGUUUGGAGCUGUGGUCAUGCAAUUCAUCACUCGUGCUUGAAGGCUUAUCUCAUGUCUUUAUGGCAGGAAAAGCACGGUCAAAGUCCAUUGGAAAUGGCAAGUAGCGAGGACCGACUACUCAGCGAACGCGACAUGGAGUUUAUGUGUCCUAAAUGCCGACGACUUUCUAACUGCCUUGUCCCCAGUGUGUCAUAUGGGGAUCUCCGGAAACGAGCUCUUACGAGUGAAUUAUCACUCAAGGAAUUUGAUCCGAGUGAGGAGGAGGAAGAAGAAAAGCAGGAUGACGGACAGGAUCCCUUGGCAUUUCUGCAGUGGCUUGAAGCACAAAUGAGCUAUCGAGAUGAUUCUCCUGAGGUCAAGCGACGCCGCUCCCGAACUCAGUCGAAUUUGCGGCUAAGACGGCAAUCAUUGUCGUUUGCAUCUAAAUCGUUGUUUUCGCCCAACACGCAAUCGUCAGAUAGUUCGUCGUUUUCUCCUAGUACACACAAAGUAACGACACUAGACAUAAACAUCGAGCGUGAGAUUAGCGUGUUUUGCCACGCAAUCGUUCUACGAUGUGUACGAUCGCAACUGCAUCUCUCAACUCUUUUAAGUGGUUCCAUACAAGAUGAAGCUAGUGUGGACUCGGAGUUGCAGCAGCUCAGUUCCGAGUAUGGGGCCAAAACACCUGCGUGGCGAUUGUUGUUACACUGCUUUGAGGUGCAAUUGUGUGUGGUGGCACAUGAAAAGACGCUGUUGCAGGCUGAGACGGUAGACCCAUUGCAGCUUCGCUCGAUGCGUCUACUUGCUGAAUUAGUUGCCGCUAGUGUGUGUUCUUCUGCUCCUAAUCCAUUGGAGUGGACGGAAGGUGAAGCAUCUGUUGACAAGCACUUCGAGAAUGUAAUAACGCGAUUAAGUGAACUUAUCUUUGGUCAGCAGGUUCUUUUUGAAGACGACGAGGUGUGGAAUAUUCAAUACAACCAGCUGCAAUCUGGGGACGCAUGUGAUGCAGCAAUCGUGGGGACUCCUAUGUUGUACCACCCGAGCUUGUUGACUUGUUUUGCCAUGCGCGUGAUGUGGAGACAAAGCAUUGCAACAUCCAAUGUCGAUGUAGCUAUGGAACAAUUGUUUACGGAAUCAUUUUUCCUGGCUCGUAUAGUAUUUACUGCACAAAUUUUGCAGGCUUUCGUGUUCCUGAUGGUGCAAAGUGACUCGUCAAUCAAGGACGAAAAAGAGGAAGAAGCAUCGGACACGAGCCCAGCGGAAGUGCGCGAUUUUGAUCAAGUCGAAACCCUCCGUGACGCAGCUACUUGGAUUUUCAACUUGCUAGCACGAGCUCGAUUGCUGGAUAAUACAGGUAGAAUACCAAUCCGAAUCUGGAACGCUGCAGCAAUCGAAGAGCAAGUGAGCGCGAUGUGUCUUCCACUGGCUCAGCAAAUGCUUCUACUUAUGGAAGUUGUACUGCCGAUUCCUCACGACUUUCACAACGAUAGCCAAGAUAAUAACUCAGACACACUACCCGACCUUUACGAGUCAUGCGCUGUUUGCGAUGGUCUCUUUGUUACAACAGCAUCAGAUGAACCACCUACAGCAUCUCACUCACUGGAUAUAUGCUUACGAAGACUUCAUUUACCGCCAUUACGACUAUUUUUCCAUCGGCAAAUGUUUUCGUCCAGUCAACGUGCAUUGUGUCAGCUAUGGGGAGCGCAACUGGAGGCCAAGGCAGCAGUCUCUCGCCAGCAAGCUCGCUCUCAAGUGCUUGUGGAGGGUAAUGGCGAAAAUAUCUCUCCAUUACACCGUCAAGUUCGAUUGUUAUCACAGCAUGUUUCGGGUGCUUCUACGAGUCGUUUGUUCAUUCCGCUGCCUCGCGUGUAUAUGGAUCUCUUUAUUCGAUACAAUGAAAAACCGUUGGGAUUUUGUCGACAGUGCCAACAAAUCCCGCAACAUCCUGGACUCUGUCUAUUUUGCGGGCAAGUGCUGUGUUGUUUCUCGGCGUGUUGCGAGGCCAAAGAAGGCGGCGGUGUCGGCGAAUGUACGCAGCACGCACAACGUUGCAGUCUUGGGACAGGAGCGUUUUUGUUGCUCCGUGCAUGUACUGUAAUUCUUUUUCUUGGCAACGAAAGGCGUUGCGUGUGGGGAAGUCUUUAUGUGGACAAAAAUGGCGAAGAGGAUCCAUAUUUACGGCGUGGCAAGACGCUAUACCUUGAUCAGAGUCGCUGUUUAGCUCUUGAGACGCUUCUAGUCUCGCACAAUUUUUCUCAAAAUACGGCUAUUUUGUUGAACACAUCAAGGCGAGAUGGUCGGCGGUAUUAG